AUGUUUACUAAAAUUGUAAGUUUGUUCAUACUUUCCCGAUUGUUGUUUCAAGAUUAUUCGGUGGCAUUUAACAUACGUGACUCUAAUAUUAUAUCCAGUUAUUCACAUGGUUAUAACAAUUCAAGUAUAAAAAAUGAGGAAUUAGGCAAUUUGAAUUAUUUCACGGAAAUCGCCCCCAAAAUGUCUUUUUUUCAAAAAGGAGAUAAUGGCACCAAUAAAGAUAAAAAUGUCGAUUCUAAUACAGAUAGUGAAAAUACAGAUGUCAAUCCUAACACUGAUCCCAAUUUAUUAAAGGAUAGAGAUUACGCUUUAGUUGAUGGAAAUAUAAUAGCUGAUUUAAAAGAAAAGGAACCAAUUGAUGAAACCAUCGAAGAGGAAACAAUUAAUGAAAAUGCAGAUGAAAAAAAUACACAAACUAUAAAAUAUACACCAGAUUAUACACCCCAUUUAAAAAAAUCUAUGCAUAUAUUAGGUUAUGAUAAAGAAUUUAAAUUGGAUGAUUUGACAACAAUACAUUCAUGCCCAAAAGAUAAUUUUUUAUUUGAUGUAUUUCCACAAGCAAUAACAAAAUUUCAGAAAAAUGAUAUGGGGUACGUACAACAACAAGCGUAUGGAAAUAUAGAAUGUUUUAAAAAGCAUAAAUUAAUUGACUUAGGUAGUGUAGACUCGAAAUUGAAAUUUGGUAAUUCAGUUAAUACUUUUGGUCCAUUUCAUAUACCAACCAAAAUGAAUUUAUUCGAUUUAAUCAACUUCCCUCCAAGUAUGAGUCCUAUUAAUUUAGCAAAUGGUUAUGAUAUACCCGAAAGUGAAUUUCCAAAUUUACAUAAACUAAAUUAUUGUUUAUUACACCCUGCAAAAUUAGAAAAAGUAUUAAAAAGAAAAGAUAUUAAAUCAUAUAUAAAUAGUACAGAUAAGAGUUCUUAUGAUGAUUUUUUUAAGAAGGCUAUGAAUGAAUCCAUUGAAUGUCAUAUUGAAAAUGCAUUAUAUCAGGUAUUAAAUAGAAACUCAGUUCUUUUAUUGUUUGGUUCUGAUUCCCCAAAUUAUAAUGAUCCUAAGGAUGUCUUUAAGAAGAAAAUGCAUAUAAUAAAAUCAGGACUAAGUUAUAAAAGUAGAAAAUAUGCCGAUAAUGUUUAUAAGAAUGUUUUAAAUAAUCUUAAAAAUUACGAAAAAAAAUUCAAAGAAUUGUCUCGUCAUUUGGCGGAUAUAGCUUCUUACUAUUCUGCACAUGUUAUUAGUAAUUCAUGCGACAAAUUUUUUGAUAAAGAUAAUAUACAUGAAGCAACUGCAUAUAUAUAUGAGCACAUGAUUCCACACAUUAGAAUGUUCUCUUCUUGUGUUAAAAAUAUGAUAAUUUAUAAUCAUAUUGUGGGAACUAUACUUAAUCAAGUAAAAUAUUACCUCAGUUAUACCACUAGAAAACCAAUAUUAAAAGAUAUACAUUUUAAGGCACUUUUAAACAAGCCUAAAAAAUUCAAAAAUGUAAAUGAACUUACAUAUCAUCCAACUGUUAAAUCGUUUGCACUUGGUGAAUUAACGAGAGAACCUGCUCACGGUUUAAUUCAUGCAUACUUUGAAUAUAAGAAAAAAGACAUAUUAGAUAUAAUGCAGAAGCUCAAAUUAGAUAUAUAUUCACUUGCUGAUAAAGAUUUAAAAUUUCCAAGUACCGAUUCCCCAGAUUAUAAAUUGUUUAAAAAUAUAGUCAAUAAAUAUAAAAAAGAAAUCAAAAUUUUAUUCGACGAAAUGAAUUCUGAGUAUGUCAAACUUUUUGAAAUGCGUAUUUCAGCAUUCUACCAAAAGGACUUUUUUAUUUAUGAUCGUGCGAUCUAA